CCUCAUCCCCUCUCGCAAACACACACCCAUCCGACAUCUCCUUCUCAUUCUUCUGCCUUUUCAAUACUCAUGAUCUCGACUAUCAAGCAAUAGCCAUUAUUUUAUCAUGGCCGUCAAAGGCCUGCUGUUCAUUCGUUGCCGUGGUAGGUACUUUGCGUACUCUAACCGGUGGGACAGUUAUCCGGAAGGUCUGGGCAUAGAGUUGGUCGACACUAUCCCUGAAGAUUCCAUCCAGUACCAAGCAUGGCUCCAAGCUCUUCGCUCCACGUUUUCCCGUCUCGUCCACCAAUUCGAAACGCAGUGCCUCCCCGUGGCCAUCCAGUCCAUCGACGAGGACUCGAACGCCUCCCUCACUGAGCGCUACGAGAUGAGCUACUUGGCCCUCGACGACCGGCUUGAAUCGCCGCCUUUGCAGCUACUGCCCCCGGGAUGGCGGAACGGAGAUCAUGAAUGGGUUUACACCGUCGACUUGGACAAAGAGAUCUUCAGCAUCGACAAUGCCGUUCAUCUCCGGCUCUCCAGCAUCGCUAGCGACCAGAAAUGGAUCCUGUACCUCGGUAAGGAUGCUCGUCGCCGCCGCGCACCUGCCAAGUGGACACCCCAACAUGUGCUUGCCGACCCCACCUUCAAGCCUCAAGUGAACGAGACCUUGAUUGAGAUGUUCAACCGGCUCAAGGUCAAGGUGGUUGCGCCAGAGUCCUUCUAUCUCUCUCAAGACAUCUCCUUCCUUCGGGAGUCCUUUCUGGCCUCGACGUUCACACGAUUGCAGGGGCACUAUCGCGAUCUCCUGGACGGGAGCUAUCUCGAAUGGGGCCCCACAGACUUUCCCUUCAGAGAAAUAGCAUAUGCUAUCGUGUCUCUGGCCACGGGUGCUGUAUCGUUUGCGAAUCCCAGUUCCUUGGAUGCUAACCACAAGAAGGAAGGGUAUUACCUGGUUCAUGGCUCAAAGUCUUCAUACUCUGAAUUUCCGAGCCUCCGACCAACCCUGCUGCCCCGAUUUUUGCACGAGUCACACCAUCCCGGAGUGGGGUCCGGGUCGGCUCCCCGGCAAACAACGUAUUGGUUGGAUAGUGUCUUGGUCCACUUGGUCUCGGGCCUGGAUCGCGUCGACAUAGAAGACGCCGCAAUUGCCGAGGCCGUAGAAGCCGGACUCGAACAGGGGCGCAAAUCAUUCUAUGCGAUCGUCUUCUCGAUUCUGGAUGUAAUCCUGCUGCGUGUCCAGGCGCAAUCAGACCUGGCCAUUCUUGUGGAGAGAAGUCCAAUUAUGACAUUGUUCGAGUUUGAUGACACUAACUCUUCAUUCGCAAGAGGGCCUCGAAAUAGAUUGCCUCGUACUUUGGGGAAUGUCAAAGAUUCCAAAUCGCACACCCGGUCUCAUCAAAAUUUUAGGUCCGGUGAUCUGGCCAUACCCAACGGUCACGAUUGUCAACUGGAUGACACUAACCAGUCACUGACAGUGCGCCUUGCCGAGAAGAUGAACUAUUCCAUCGUCUUUGUGACACUAUUGCGUUUCUUCGACGCAGCCACAUAUCAUGAUCUGGAAGGUGCCGUGUCCCAUGUGUUGCCUAACGAGACUCUAGCAACUGUGAUGCAGCUCACCGAUGCUCGAACGUAUCGCAGUCUCAGCAAACUGUCGGCUUAUUGCCGCAAGACCAGUCUGUCCGAGCUUCGGCUGAAUGACCAUUAUACCAUCGUUGACUUUGACCUUCACAGUCCUUCCUACACCUUGGUGGACAGGCGCACUGGAACCCAGAGUACUACCCGACUCUGUCGAGGGGGGUUUAUGCGAUGCUACAAGGAUUUAGUACUGACCCCGAUCAUCGGAAUCGAAGAUCCCUCAAGACGCAGUAUCAUCGACUCUGUGCAGUGGCACUUCGUGGACGUCCCUAGCGGGGAUGCUCCUUACACAAAAACGGUUACAAUGCCGCGCAGAGCGGCGUAUGACCGAUUAGCCUACCCCGGCUUUGCUCCCUCCAUCAACUUCGACAUGCUCUUCCAUCUUCCCGACCAUCUAUAUGUUGGAUCCAUCGAGGAGGGCUGGGACCGAUAUCUCAAGAAGUUGAUUCGAAGAUAUCAGGAUGAGGCGGACAGCCCCGGCUCUAGUUUUGAUACGGGGCUAUUCGACUGUGUCCGCCCACCCGGAUACCGCGAGAUUACCAUGGACGCCUUCCGCUGCAGUGGCUUCCACUGUUUCUUACGCCGCGCCCGGGAUGAGAGUGUCGACGAAUGGGUGUCCACCAUGCAGUACGUCCUGCGUCGUCUGCAUGUCCGCGAAGGCUGGGGUGGCGGGUAUGAGGCGGAGGAGAGACUCCCCCUUCCCGGACGGCCCGUCGUGGUCGCUUUCUCCGCCCGCGUCGGGCUCUUCUAUUAUGUGCAUCAUCGCUGCGAGAAGCCCGAAGUACCGCCGGGGGUAGGUAAUCAUAGCAUCGAGAUAGCAAAGAGGUGCACCGAUCCCGACCUGCAGGGCCGCCUCGUUCCGCUGAUCCCUGGGGUGAUCGACUUGAGAGACUACUCGUCGAGGGUCGAGUUUGAGAGCUGGUUCGAGCGGUUCUGCCAUGGCGUCGGAGAGAAGACGGUGUAUGAUCCGUUCACUGAUCAGCAGCAGCCUUUGACUCGUGUGCCGAAGCCGCAGCCUCGUCUAAGCAAACAGCCUAUGACUAGUACGGAGCCGGUGGGCAGCGAUGUGGUGUAUGAUCUGCCUUCUGUGUACAGGUCUUUAGGGUAG